GUACGUCACUGCCACACCCGUCUUGAUACAACGAUGGCGACAGCGACCCGCUCGCGUGGUAUUCAGCGAUAUACAUCCAGUCAUGCCCCAACCACUCCCAUUCAACAGCCUUAUUUCAAUAUGAAAACCCAGGGGUAGACAUUUCUUUCGCAACGACUGCAUGUAUAUGAAGUCGAGGUCAAGAGCUAGCUGGCAGUUAAGCGGUGGAGGUUUGUGUGUAGUUAUUUGUCGGACAGAGAGGUGCAAUUCCUUUGGAUUCUUUUAGUCAUGAAGAACGGAUUAUGGACCAAAUGGAUAUUUGUCCUGGGCCACGUAUUUUUCUGUUUAAUGAGUGGGUGUACAUCUACUCGCUUCUAUCCAGAGUCCAUGAAUCAUCAACCGUUGGCAUUCAUGGAAUCAGAACAUAUUUGGCAAUUUCUCAAAGUGGAUACAGGGCAACAUUUCCUAGACAAAGCACCAUGGAUGCUUCCAAGCCUUGAUGAUAUAUUUUCAAAAUCCAUUCAUGACGUCCAGAGUGAAUUUGAGAUGCUCGACUGGCAAGUCAAUCAGCUCAUCAUCUCGCUAUCCGACAUGAUACAAGAAAUCGAUUCACAUCAGAAGGGACGUCUCCAGAUCAACAGGACGAAGCUUGAGAGCUCCCAUGAUGCAACUCAGGGUGAGCUGUGGGUAGGUUCCAAAGGGGGCAGUACAUUCGGCGCGACGAGCGGCAGCUGCGAUGAGGUGCGAGAACUUUUUCAAAAUUUUGGGAAUCCAAACAGGUACCGUCCUACAAAAAGCGAAGAAAGUAGCAGCGCUGAACAUUCCAAAACCACCACAACUGUUUCCAUAGAUACAGCGAGCAUCUAUAGCCCAGCUAGCAUCGCAGCAUCGUUAAUCUUUCACAAUGAUGACAUUCAACCCACACCCAGCCUCUUCACAGGCACAAGGUCCUCGGAUUUCGUGGGUUUGCAGUCAACAUUUUCCGCCAGUGCCAGUGACUCUGAAAAUCUUGAUCCUUUCGAACACAAGAGCUUACCUACAGCAGAAUCUACUGUCACUCACUUGACUUCAGUUCUGGAAACCAUUUUUCAACAGCAGAACCCCCCUUAACCACAUCAAGGCCUUUCAUAGACGCAUCGACUCACAUCCCUAACGAGCUGUUUUCGACUCUUGGAAAAUCUGCUACACCAGUCAUGCCAUUCCCUAGUGGUUUUGUUAGCGACAAUGCACAACCAUCAGAAGUUCAUACUUCGACAUGACAGCAGAUCAGAAGAGUUCGGACAACCCUGCCAGGACCGUGACUUCAGAAGCUCUUGGUCCUCGCAGUUCUUGGCAUGCGAUGGACAGUUUCUUUGACCCGAGUUUUCCUUCUGAGAGCACAUCGGCCAGAUCUGCAUUGGUGACGCCCACGAAUGUUGGUGAGAUGACUCAGUCAUCUGUCGCGAUUGUCUCCCUGUACGAAGCCUCCACACAAGUAGUGACCUCCCCUAAAUCCUCUUCUCCCCCUACAGGGAGCACUCCUAGUGUUAGUGCUAAUGAAUGGGCGACUCAACUCCACAGCUCACAGAUGGCGCCACAAACACAAAGCCAGAACGCUGCCCACUCUCUGGAUGUCCCCUCACAACCAAUCAGCUCAGCAUCUUCUCUCACGUCCUCUUUCAUCGGAACGACGAGGCUAACAACAGUCGACUCUGGUAACCUUCUCACUAGUAGAGCCAUAGAGUCCAGUCUGAAGAACCCAUGGACAACCAUUGUCGGCACAAGUACGUUUAUUCCACUCCUCGGGAGCCUAAGCUCCACAGUAGCAUCUGAUGACCUUAAGGUCAUGACCUCUCUGACCCCUUCAUGGAUAGAAACUUACAGGGAGUCACGAGUCGUGCCAAGUACACGGGAGGAGGUAGUGCGAACUUCCUUCGACACGAAAUUACAAUCAUCAGGCCUUGCAUCUGCCACAACACAGACAGUGCAGCAAGUGUCUGUAGGCACAUCAUUCGGAUCAAGUGUCUACAGCAUCAACUCAGUUCCAGGCUUCACACAAACCGCCAAUGUCUUUUCCAACACUUUACUGUCAAGUAGCAGGUCUCUCUUUCCGACUCUCACCGACACAAACUUAAUGUCUGGAAACCUUGUGUCGGUUACAGCAGCGGCAGUAGAGCGAUCCACCACAACACCACCAAUGCAGCAAGUGUCUGUAGUCACACCUCGAGCAUCAAGUACCUACGGCGCUGAACAGAACUCAGUUCCAGGCUUCACACAAACCGCCAAUAUUUUUCCAACACUUUACUUUCAAGUAGCAGGUCUCUAUUUCCGACUCUCACUCUCACCAACACAAACUUGAUGUCUGGAAACCUUGUGUCGGUAACAGCAGUGGCAGUAGAGAAGUCUGCCACAACACAACCAAUGCAGCAAGUGUCUGUAGUCACACCUCGAGCAUCAAGUACCUACGACGCUGAACAGAACUCAAUUCCAAGCUUUAUAAAAAUUACCAAUGAUUUUUCCAACAGUUUACUUUCAAGUAACACGUUUCACCUCCCUCUCACUGAGACAAGCUUACUGUCAGCAAACCUUGUGUCGGCCUCAGCAGAGAAAGUGGCUCUGUCCUCAAUGAAUCCGUUCGGAUCAAGCAAGUAUAGCAUCGAGCGGAACUCUUUGGAAGACUUCACAAAAGUAACGAAUGCUUUUUCCGACAGUUUACUUUCAAGCAUCACAUUCCAUGUCCCCUUUAACGACAUUAUUACCAGCACUCCUACAUUGAACACCGUCUGGUCUGUUCCCUUGUCUGCCCAGACAGUUCGUGAACUACCGACCAUUACAAGUUUUCCGAGCAGCUCUUUGGAUUAUGCUGCUAUGAGUAAAUCUUCAUACGACAGUUCACAAACGGUGCAGCUGUCUUCGGGUGUGUACUCUACGACAAACCUCGGCGGAGCAACAGUUGCAAGUAGCAGCGUGCUGACGCCUUCUCCUGCCAGCACCUACAUCAGCAGCCUGGCCACCUGGACCACACAAGCGAACAUGGAUUAUCAAGUCCGAAGUCAGGCAGUGUCUUCCGGAAUCUCGGUUGCUUCGAGCACCGGAACAGGCGCCAUUUUCUCGACUCUUGCGCCAGUACUAAGAAGCACAGGCGUGGCAGAGGUCUUACCAGGCUCCGAGACGUCCUUCACCUCCAUAACCCCGCAGUCUAGCUCCAGGGUCACGCAGGCAGAUUCCGUGACCUCAUCCUUCGGAAGCACAGCCGGAGCUGUCGUUUCAGCAGCCUCCAUAAAUCCUUCCUCCACUCUGUCUCCGAGUUCGGUCCAGCCGUCUGGGGUGACCCUGGUGAUGACUUCCUCCAAAACAUCAAAUACUGGGAACUGGGCGUCCUGUUCAGGGGGCCAGGUGAGCUGCGGGUCUUCAAGCUCAGAAUUAGGAAAGACCAGCUUGACCACAAGUCUGCUGUCCACGUCAUCAGCAGCUGCACCAUCCACGCGUCUGUCGGCAGCAGCAUCUGAAGCAGCGCAGCGCACGACGGCGGCAGCACAGAGCACGGCUCAGUCCACCCCACUCUCCCCGUCUGCCUCUUUCAUAGACGCCUCCACGGCUCGGAGUGACAGCACAACAGUUUUUGCAAGCAGCGCCUCCGCUUUCAAUAACACUCCAUCUUCCACUAACUCUCUAACCAACAAAGGAGGGAAAACAGCUUUAGUCAGUCUGUCGCAACUUCUCAUUCUUCUCGCUGUUAAUGUUUGUUCUGCUGUAAUUUACUGUUCUUAUUAGUUUUGAUGUAGUAUUGAUGUCCGUACCUCCCAGCUAUGAUUUCUUUUUCUUUUUUAUAUUAUUAUUGUUAUUAUUGUUACUAUUAUUAUUAUUAUUGUAGUUUUUCUUUCUGCAGUUAUGAAUUCACAUCUUUAUUAGUCAGUAAGUAUGCACUGGUAAUUCCGCCAAACUCUUUUUUAAUAAUUGAAAACAUGUAAAAGACACCCAAUAUCUGUCUCAGUGCUGCGACUCACAUUAAGAAUUUGUUGGUUGAUGCAAGCUAUCUUGAGUGUUUACCCUCGCUAUAACGAGUCAUGAUAAUUUUUUUAAUCGCUUUUAAAACGUGAAGAACUAUGUGAACAAAUCUGAUAAAGGAUUGGGUAGAUGGGUAGCAGUGGACGUUCAACCAACGUACCCCACCAAACUAAGCGUAGCUUUAAACUUAGGCUUUACCAGACCCGUGCCUCAUUUUAAUCGAUGGGAACAAACUGAAUAAAAUUUCCAGAUCAUUCCUCCGGUUUAUCAAAGGUAGUUCGCUAGCGACACACAACUUCACGCCGCACUCUUCUGUGUUUCAUUUGCUCAGCGCCACCCUCCUCUGUUCAAUUGGAUCGAACCCGCUAUCUCUGUUAACUACGGGCUAAGAACUCAACCUCCUUCCAAAACAUCUACCCCCUUUCCUAAUUCCCCUCCCCAAAAGCAAAGCAAAAAUAAGCUAAUUUGAUAAAAAAAAAAAAAAAAAUAGUAGAAAAAGAUAUCACUUGACUUGCUUUGUGUAAAGGUCAUCUCAUUUAUUUCCACAGUCUCACACGCUGUAGGUCACACGCUGCUGGCCCUCUUAUAUCAAAUUUGAGCCGAGUAGAUUACUAGCUUAUGGAUUUUGCAAACAAACGUAAAUGAAAGAUGAGUAUUUUAAUAACAAUGACAAUGAAUGCUUGAUUUGAUUUGUUUGACUUCUAUUGAUUUUUUUUACCUAAUCGGUUGUAUAGAAAUUACUAUUGAAUAAUCACCUUAUCGACUUUUUUUCUUAUUUGCAUACUUAUAAUAUACCUAAUCUAAACAAGAACUAAGUUUGGGUUGAAAUAAAAUGAUGGAAGUGACAAA